AUGACUUCGCAUUCAUACAACGCCGAAUCCCUCUUCCGGGUCGAUGGCCUCGUUGCCAUCAUCACUGGCGGAGGCUCUGGUUUGGGCAGAAUCACGGCCCACGCUCUCGCUGCCAACGGAGCCAAGGCUGUCUACGUUCUUGGACGACGAGAAGAUGCUCUUGUAGCAACGAGAGACACGAGUCCCAGUCCAGAGAUUAUCAGACCCGUCGUCUGCGAUGUCACCUCCAAAGACUCUCUGAAAGCGGCCGCGGAUCGAGUCCGUGAGGAGCUGGGCUACUGCGAUGUCGUCUUUGCGAAUAGCGGAGCGAUCACGACGGAUAACUCGAGCAUCAUAAGCAACUUCAACAACCUCGAUGUCAAGUCCCUCCAAGAGGGCCUUUGGGCGUACGACAUGGAAGAUUUCACGCAGUCUUUUCACGUUAACGUUACCGCGGCCUUCUACACUGUUCUUGCAUUCCUGGAUCUGCUUGAUGAGGGAAACAAGAGAGCAGUCGUGCCGCAAAAGUCCCAAGCCAUCAUCACGGGCUCUGUAGCAUCCUAUGCACGCCUACCCAAGGCAGGAUUCGCCUACGGCUCCAGCAAGGCAGCAGCAGUGCAGGUGGCCAAGCAGCUCGCGACGCUGCUGGCACCGCAUAAGAUCAGAGUCAACUCGAUCGCGCCAGGAAUAUACCCCAGCGAGAUGACUGAGCGCGAUAUCAAAGCCUCGUCCGCGGAUGUUCGACAAGAAGGGAGUUUUCCUGCGUCCUUUGUGCCGCUGGAGCGGUUUGGCACGGAGGAAGAGUUUGCGGGAGCGAUGCUGUUUCUGACGAGCAAGGCGGGAGGAUACGUGGAUGGGAGCGUGCUGGUGACGGACGGGGGACGGUUGAGCAUCGUCGCAUCUACGUAUUGA